CAAACCCGAAGAAACAGAGCAAGAAUCUAUUCACGCACAAAAAACGUAAAAACAAAAUCUAUCUAUGUCUCUCUUUUUCCUAAAAUUAAGAAACCAAACAGCAGAGAAAUUAUAGGCCAGGUUAAGAUUUUGCAAAGACCAACAAUUUUUUUUUUCAUUUUUCUGUUCGAUUAAAACACGAAAAUCAAACAAACUCUGUUUCUAAAGCUUUCAUCGAGCUGGCAAUUCUGUUCUGUUACGACAGAACUUGCGCAGUUCGAACAUUAUUCCAAUGUCGGAACAAAAAACAUCCUCUGUUAUUAUUGUUCUUUCUCAAAACCCUGUUUUAUUGAUUUUCUUUACUUAACAAAAACAAAACAUUUUCACUCUCUUUCUCAGAAUUUUCUCGCAAACAUUGCGAGAAAAAUUGAUAUGGCUGAAAUUCAAAAAAAAAACAAAAAAAAACGUCCUUCAUCUCCAUUUCCAAUUCUCAAAGAUCCCAAUAAACAAUUAAACAGGUCAAAUCAUGGCAAAGAAUCAGCUCCAUCGCCUGAAUCCGAUCCUCCAACAAGUUCACCAUCAGACUCCACGCUGCCGCCGCCUCGGCCGAAGUCACCUUUGAAGCCUGAAGUUUUACCGCCAUCAGAACCACCUUCACUGCCACCACCAUCACCAACACCAACACCAUCACCAUCACCAUCACCACCGCCACCAUCCUCACCACCACCUCCAAAAUCUUCACCGCCGCCUCCUUCAGAAUCCCCACCGCCACCUUCUCCUCCAGCACCACAAUUAUCACCUCCGCCUGUGCACAAUUCAAACUCUUCAACAUCUCCUCCUCGUUUAUCACAUAAACCACCACCUCCCUCGCCUCCUGAGAGGCCUUCUUCAUCAUCCUCAUCAUCUUCUUCAUCUCCUCCACGGAAUGAUUCUCCACGUCAACCUAUGCUUGCAAAGUCAAGAGAUUCUCAAUCCCAUGUAUCCUCGCCGGCCGAAAUAGUUGGUUAUACCCUCACCGGAGUUUUGGUUGUCGCCUUAGUUGUCUUAGCGGUUUUUUUCACGUUUAAGAAGAAGAAAACGAAAGGGGAUACCUAUGGUGGAGCCUUUAUGCCACCCCCUGGUACUAGCUUUCAGGUUAAAUCAGGUGCUGAUGGACUUUACUAUGUAAAGCAACCUAACGGCAACGGGAACGCUGGAGUAAACGGCAAGAAGCAUAUAAGUCGAGGUUCCGUGGAAUCUGUACAGCCCCUAAGUGCUCAAGUAGUUUUUAGUUAUGACACGGUAAAAGAAAUAACCAAUGCAUUUUCUAGUCAGAAUGUGAUAGGGGAAGGAGGAUUUGGGUGUGUUUACAAGGGUUGGCUGCCGGACGGAAAAGAAGUGGCGGUCAAGCAGCUUAAGGUUGGUAGUGGGCAGGGAGAUAGGGAAUUCAGGGCUGAAGUGGAGAUCAUUAGCCGUGUUCAUCAUCGACAUUUGGUAUCAUUGGUUGGUUAUUGCAUAGCUGAGCAGCAAAGAGUACUUAUAUAUGAGUUCGUUCCUAAUGGAAAUCUUCAUCAUCACUUGCAUGGAAGUGGAAUGCCAGUGUUGGAUUGGGCCAAAAGGCUAAAGAUAGCCAUUGGUGCUGCAAAGGGUCUGGCAUAUCUGCAUGAGGACUGCAGCCAAAAGAUAAUUCACAGAGAUAUUAAAUCACCCAACAUACUUCUGGAUGAUGCUUUUGAGGCACAGGUUGCAGACUUUGGGCUUGCAAGGCUAACAGAUGCUUCCAAUACCCAUGUAUCAACUAGGGUUAUGGGUACCUUUGGGUACAUGGCUCCAGAAUAUGCAACAAGUGGAAAAUUAACUGAUAAAUCAGAUGUUUUCUCAUUCGGGGUUGUCCUCCUUGAGCUUGUAACCGGAAGGAAACCGAUCGAUGAAACGCAACCGUUGGGAGAUGAGAGUUUAGUUGAGUGGGCUCGUCCACUACUCAUCCACGCCUUUAUGACGCGCGAGUUUGGCGAACUAGUAGAUCCGAGACUAGAAAACAACUACGUAGAGAGUGAAAUGUUCGGAAUGAUAGAAGCAGCUGCAGCAUGUGUUCGCCACUCAGCUCCUAAACGGCCUCGUAUGUCUCAGGUGGUAAGAGCUUUAGACAACGGAGACGACAUAUCUGAUUUAUCAAACGGGGUGAAAUACGGUGAGAGCACUGUCUAUGAUUCUGGCCAGUAUGACAAAGACAUCAUGCUGUUCAGGAGAAUGGGCAAUGCAAGCUACGGUGAUUCUGAUUUUGAUAAAUACAGCGGAGAAGUAGUAAAUUCAAAAGAGAAUCCGAGAUUACAGCAUUCAUGGAUGCAUAGUAGUUCGAGUACGGAGUCAGAAUCAAGAGCUUUCAAUAAGAAUGAAGCCGGUAAUGAAUGAUCACAAAAAAAGAAACACAUAAUUUGGUUUUACAGGGAGUGAGACUUUAAGCUAUAAUCGAUCUUCUAUAUAAAAAAGCGUUAUUGAAAACUCUUUUCUCCCUCCGAUUUUUGUUUUCCCCUUUCUUUUUUUAAAACCGGGGUGUUGGCAGCUUGUAAAAAGAUAAGUUUUGUUGAGGUUACUUCUUAACCAUUGUUCAUAGAUAUUUCUUGCAGAUGUUGAAUUCAGAAUAUUGGAAUUAUACAUAGAUCAAAAUAUAAGUAUAUGUACAUUCUUGCGGUAGUCUGUAUAUUAGGCCUCUAAUACAAGAUACAAAAGAAUUCA